AUGGAUAUCCAUGAUAAAGACACAGUGAAUUCGAAGACAGUGAUACUUGAUGUUGGAUCAGGAUGUAUCAGAGCUGGGAUUUCUGGGGAGGAGGGUCCAACAGUGGAGAUUCCAAAUGUUAUUGCAAUAUCAAAACCAUCUUUGCUUAAUCCAAUAAGCCAAACUCUGAUUGGAGAAGAAGCAGAGGAGAAAAAACCCGUGGCCUACGAUAUUAUUUAUCCAGUCAAGAAGGGACUCAUCACAGAUCUCGAUGCCCUCUUCAAAGUCUUGGAUGAAGUACUGCUAAAUAGGAUGGCAUUAGAUACUUCAAAAUGCAAGAUUAUUUUUGCGGCAGAAUGUCCAGACAAAGACAAGCUGUUAGAUGCUCUUUUUGAAAAAUAUAAUCCUACUGAAAUUUUCCUUACAAAUCAAGAUUUUCUUUCGCUCUGUGCCUCUGGCCUUUCAGAUGGACUGGUUGUCAAUUUUGGGGAAGGUACUUCUCAUGUCACUCCAUUCAUUGAAAACAAAGAAGUUCUACAAGAAAUGAAUAAUGCAUAUAGCUGGGGAUGUAAUGGGCGGGACCUUACGGAAAAACUCAUGGAUAUGCUGAAGAUUUCUAAAACACCACAAGGACUGAAAUGUGCAAGAGAAAUCCUAAAGGAACAUUGCUUUGUCGUACCAGAUCCUAAAGAGUCAAAAGAACCCAUCGAGCCUAUUCCAUACAAAGUAGAUGAUGAGCAACAAAUCACAAUUAGCGGUGAACAAUUAAAAUGCCCAGAAAUGAUUUUUCAAGAUUUUCACAUUCAAAAUGUAAUAGUAAAAGCAAUUAAUAACUGCGAGGAGAAAUACAGGGAAGCGCUAAUCAAGAACAUUGUCCUCGCAGGAGAAUGCACAAUGCUCAAUGGAUUUCCCGAACGAUUGAAAAAUGAAAUCAAGACCUUGGUUGGGGAUGAGACAGAAGUAAACAUCAUUGCUCCCGAAGACAGACAUCAUUCUGCAUGGAAAGGUGGGGCAAGAGUGGCUUCCGAAGGCCUCUUUCCAAACAACUGGACCACUAAGAAAUAAUGUUUUUAAAAAAUGAGCUAAGAUGUGCAUUUUAAACACAGUCACCUCUGAACUUAUAAAAUAAGAUUUAAUGAAUAAUUAUUUCUUAUGGUUCGAUACUUUACAGUCUCUUUGUAAUUUGCAUUUUCCUUUACUUACAAUACAAAGUGGAUUUAUUUUUAGUGUUUUACAAUAUUGAUGCAUCCAAAUAACUUAUAU